UCAAACGAGGAUAUAGCAAGGAUUUUAUUUCUGAUAGGGUUUGUGGUUGGAAAGUGUACAUUUGUUUGUGUAAUGUGUAAAUAUGUGUAAAUAGUUACAUAGCUGCUUACAGCAUACUUUCUUGCCUGUUGGAAAAAAGAAGAAAAGAAUAAAACAGUCGAGAUGGAGGAUGAUGUUAAAUGGUCAUCGGCGUUAGAGGAGAAAAUGUCUCACCUGGACCUUGAUGAGCUGUCUUCUGUGAAGACCCACGAGCCGUCCUUCCUGUGGCACAUGCCGACCAUUUCCACCCCCUGGGGACCCACAACUAGCUUUCAGGCCGAGCAGCAGGGAGAAAUGGUCACAACGGCCACAGAUGACCAACAGUCGGAGCAGUCAGCGCAGACAGAUCCCUGGACAACAGAAUCAGCGGUCAACACCGAGCCAGACUGGGAAUCCCUGAUGCGGACGGUGGAGGAGCACAGCACGCGCCUGGCCCUUCAGUACGAGGCCCUGCUCAAACAGCAGGAGGUUGAUCAGGUGCAGCACGAAGGCCGAAUCAAGAUGCUGGAACUCAGGAGGGACGAGGGCAUCCAGCAGCAGAAGGCGCUGAUCGACAAGAUUGAGUCCCUGAGAGGAAAACUGAAGCUGAACUGCUCCAAGACCACGCGCAGGAACUUCAACAGCAAGAGGCUGGAGCUAACUGCAGAGAAGGAACGACUGCAGGAGGAGAAGAGCAAACUGGCGAUGGACCUGGAGAGGACAGACAGAAAACUGGCAUCGCUGAUAGAGGAGCAGUCCCAGGAAAAGCAGACGUGGGAGCGUGAGCUGGCUGAGCUGCAGAAAGAGGUGGACAGACUGCAUGGAGAAGCUGAGGAGGCCAACCAGGCCGCCCUGAGAGAUGAGAUUUCAGCCUUGGAGAUGCAGAGGGAAGUGACCAUCUCUCAGGUGGAGGAGUGGAUUGCUGAAGCCGAGCGGUAUCUCAGCACGCUCAGGUUGGACGUGUCCCAGCAGCACCUGCAGCAGCGACUGGACUGGGAAAAGAACGUGGCUGUCGUCCACAGCAACCUGGGAAAGCUGCAGCACCAGUUCAAUGAGCAGCUUCAGCUGCUCCAGCGGGGCCAUCAUUUCGACAGCCUCCCCCCUGUUGCCCUGCCCCCACUGCCUCAGGUCCCGAUGCUUGAGCUGCUACUAGGCCCAAUGAUGAACCCCCAAACUCGUCCUUUUGUGCCCAUGCAAGUGGCCUCUCAGCCACCUCCUGUCUCCAUGGCGAUGCCCUUACCGCCCCAGCACCACCCCCCCCAGACUGGAUUGCUGUCUGGUCCCCCGAGAGGGCCCACCCAGACUGUGGCCCCUUCCCCACAGCAUGUGCCGGUGUCUGCCCCCCACCCUGCCCCUGCCAGCAAGCCAACCCCCACUCCUGCUCCCCAAGUGCCAGCUAACCUGGCCCCCCGGGCGCAGCCCACUCCACCCCCUGCCUCUAAUCCUGUCCCCUCGAGCUCUGCCCAGCCGGCUGGCAAGCUGGACAAACUGCUGGAUAAGCUAGGAGCCCGAUUCCCACAAUGCAGCAGGAGCCAGCUGAUCUCAGUGCUGCAGCAGAUAAAGACGUCCCGGUCGGGCACCAUGGCCGGCCUGUCCAUAGAAGAGCUCACACAGCAGGUGGGACAGAGACUGGCACAAAUGGAAAGACCGUCUCCACCAUUGGGCCCAGUUCCACCGCCCUCAGCAGCCAGGAACUUUCCUAGCAUGGCACCCCAGGGUCAGCGCACCACACUUCCACCCCAGGGGCCACCCGUUGCCCAGGUCUUCCAAACUAGGCCUUCACAGACCGCAGCCUCCAGCAGCCGUAAGAUGUGCCUGAUGUGUCAGAACAGCGUGGAGGCUGGCAGCCAGCAUGACAUGAGCUGCUCUCACGUCGUACACAAAGAGUGCAUCAGUGUUUGGCUGCAGUCCAGUAAGAACAAUUCCUGUCCAUUCUGUCCAUCCAAGUAACCGCUGAGGAGGAAGAGCUUGAUAAAGGAAGACACAGAGGGAAUGACAGUAUCUCUUUUCCAUCC